UCAGUGGCCGCGCGGCGCGAGUCGCGGGCGACAGCGGGCGGCGGCGCGCGGCUGGCCGCUGGACGGCUGCGCUCCCGUGCUCCCGCGGUCUCGCGACCCAUUGCAUUCUGUCGCGGACGCAGCUAGGGCACACUCGGCCACGACUGCCGUCGUCACGGUCCUAUCACUACUUUACGACGUAUUCCCGCCAAAUAUUUUAAUAUACGUGUAAUACAUCUUCGCGUUUCAUGGCAUAAGUGCGCUAUUUUGUUUUGCAAUGCGUUGUUUUAAUGUGUUUUUGAUUCUGUUGUUUAUGUUUUUACCGAAGUCUACGGAGGCGAUUCGAUGGCUGGCGCUGCACGAGAGCGAAGGCAACUGGACGGAGGUUGAGUGCGCGACGGCCAGGCGCGAUGGAGCGCUGUGGGCCGGCCAGGUUCGCGCGUGCCGGCGUCAGCCCGGGGCGAUGGCGCACGUGGCGGCGGCCGCGCGGCUGACGCGCGCCGCCUGCCUCGCCGCGCACGCCGGCGACCGCUGGAACUGCUCCUCUAUCGAGCACUCGCCCAACUACUCGCCGGACCUACUCACCGGUACCCGCGAGCAAGCCUACGUGUAUGCGAUGUCCGCAGCGGCGUUGGCGUGGUCAGUGGCGCGCGCCUGCGCGGCGGGCGCGCUGCCGGCGUGCUCGUGCGCCGCGCCGCCGCGCGCGCCGCCCCGCCCGCCGCGCCAGGCGCACGUCACGCCCGCCGAGCCGCACGCGAGGUUUAAGUGGGGCGGCUGCGGGGACAAUUUUCAGUGGGCUGAGAGAUUUGCCAAGCAAUUCAUAGACAUGCAUGAGAUUGACGUUCGGGAUGGUAAAUUGGAGGAAUUGAUCGAAGUGGAGACGACUACCACCGAACUACCGACCACGUUAGACCCGAACACGCCGGCGCCCGUGGUGAUCCUCGUGGACGACCAGCCGGCGCCGGCGCACGACAACGCCAGCGUGACGGCACGCCCGCGAAAGAAGGGACGCCGCGGGCGCAAGCGGCUGCCGCGAUCGCCUCGCCGAGGCAGGCCAACGAGGAAACGGUUCAGACCAAGAUACGAUUUUGAGGAUCGGAGCUUCAGAUACCGCAACUUGGAGUACCGCAUGGCCGCCGACGACCCCCGCUUCGACCCGCAGGUGGACUUGCGCACGAGACUGCAGCGCCUGCGCCCGUUCAUCGCCUCCGCCAAUCUCAUCAACGUCCGUUUUGGCAGAAAGGCAGUAUCAUUAGCGAUGCGCACCAAGUGCACGUGCCAUGGUGUGUCGGGGUCGUGCUCGGUGCGCACGUGCUGGCGUGCCCUGCCUCCGCUGGCGCGCGUAGCGGCCGCGCUGGCGGGCGAGGCGGCGCGCGCCGGCCCGCUGCGCCCGCGCCGUCGUGCGCGCCGCGCUAAGCCGCGGCUCCGCUACGUCACACCCAGCCCGGACUACUGCGAGCCCGAUCCUGCGGCCGGCUCACUUGGCACACACGGAAGACGGUGCAACGCAAGUGCGGGCAACGCCGCAGGUGGCUGCGGGCGGUUGUGCUGCGGGCGCGGGCGACGGGCCGUGCGGUCCACCCGCCUCGAGCGCUGCCACUGCCGAUACCACUGGUGCUGCCGCGUCGACUGCCAGCUCUGCCGCAUCACCUCGGAGGAUCACUAUUGCAAUUAAAGACCCAAUAUCGUUCCCAUUAGCAGACGUAGCAUAAGCAAUUGUCUUUAUUUAUUUGUCCUUGUCUAAAUCUAGUUGCAUCGGCAAUUACACACUACAGCUCUACACUAUAAAUACUUGCAUACAAACCAUUGAUACAAACUAUAGACACAGUGUGAUAGUGCUUUUUGUAAUAAUGACAGAUUCAAAAAAUCACCUAGGUAUACCAAAGUAGCAUACCUACAAGUUAAUUUUCUGUAUUUUUAUCUCAAUGUCAAACGUUGCUUCAGGCAAAUAUACUAAUAGAUAUUAUUCAUUCGAACUAUGUGAAAUAUUUUGCAUUGAAAACCAAAGAAUUCCCAGAUAAUUGGAUAUACAGAUAAUUGGAUAUAUUUUAAUGUAAGCUAGUCAUGUUUCAGAAUGUUUGUUUGUUAUACCUACAUCGUAUUAAGUAAGUACCUUUUAAAGUUAAUUUCUUAAUACUUACACAAAUCGUAAGAUGAGUAGGAAGUAGCUGUUUUAUACUUAACUGUAGGUACCUAUAAUAUAAUAUAAUAUAAUAUAAUAUAAUAUAAUAAGAUACGAUAUCCCUGUAGAGUAUACGAGUAUUAGCGUAAAAGACGUAGCAACACCUUAAAUAGAUGCAAAGUAUUUGCUGUACUUAGGAUUAAAAGAUAGUUUUGAUGUAAGUAAAUUAACUUUGAAGUAUUCUGUAGUAUUAGACUAGACAAUAGAUAUAUAUUAUAUAUCGACAAUAAAGAAUUGUUAGUGUUGUACUAGUAUUAACUUAUGCUAUAAAUAUGGCUUUUACCGUAAUUACAAAACUAUUAUCAGCUUUAAAAUCCAUCAACGCUCUAUUAGCUUUUAAACUAGGUCUCGUACCAAUCUCGUACCAUCAUUCAUGUUCAUAAAUCAUUCGAUAUUUAAAUAGCUGUUGCUUUUCGGUGAAGGAAAACAUCGUGAGGAAACCGGACUAAUCCUAAUAAGGCCUCAGGGUUGGAAGGUCAGAUGGCAGUCGCUUUCGUAAAAACUAGUGCCUACGCCAAUUAUUGGGAUUAGUUGUCAAGCGGACCCCAGGCUCCCAUGAGCCGUGGCAUCAUGCCGGGAUAACGCGAGGAAGAAGAAGAAGUAUAACAUAGAGAAAC